CCCGCGCUGGCGGUGCCGCCCCCUCUGUGCGCGGGGCGGGCGGGCGCCAUGGCGGCAGCGGCGGGGGCGUCGUGGCGGACCGCGCGGGACCGGAGCUUGGCCGCCUUCCGCCCAGAUGAUGAGUACCAAUGGAAAGGGCCCUUCUACUUCAUCCAGGGAGCAGAUCCUCAGUUUGGGUUGAUGAAAGCUUGGGCAGUUGGAGACACUAGCAAUGGAGAUGAUGAAUGGGGAGAAGAAAUCGAAUUAGCAGAGCAAGCAGUGCAGGCCAUUAACAAACUAAACCCUAAACCCAAGUUCUUUGUGUUGUGUGGAGACCUUAUCCAUGGAAUGCCAGGAACUCGAUGGAGAAAGGACCAAGAGCAAGAUUUGAAGAAUGUCCUGAAGAACACUGACCAGGACAUCCCACUGGUAUUUGUCAGUGGAAAUCAUGAUAUUGGCAACACUCCAACAAGAGAAACAAUAGAAAAUUAUUGCGAGAACUGGGGAGAUGACUACUUCAGCUUUUGGGUUGGAGGAGUUUUCUUUCUUGUGCUAAAUUCUCAGUUAUACUUCGAUUCUUCCAAAUGCCCUGAGUUAAAGCAAGCCCAGGAUGUGUGGCUCAAUGAGCAACUGGCCGUUGCUGAAAAACAUAAAUGCAAGCAUAUAAUAGUAUUUCAGCACAUCCCUCUGUUUCUGAGAAAACCUGAUGAAGGCCAUGAUUAUUUCAACUUGGAAAAUUCAGUCCGUCAAGAGAUAAUGGAAAAGUUCCAUAAAGCAGCUCCUCUGAUGAAGCAGCUAGGCAAACUAGAGAGACACUUUCCUUCUACUGGAGCUCUGUGGUGGGAAAUGAUUUGUUGUUUUUUUUGGAGAACGGGGCCUGAAUGCUGCCCUGAGCACGGAACAGUUCUGUUAACAGUGCUGUGACUGAUGCUUUCACAUCUUUGUUUGCUCCUGUAACACCUGCUUGGCAGAUGGGUGCAAUCUCAAAUUGCAAUGAGAUAAAAUCAAUUCUGUUCCACACAAGAGAUUUUGUUUGCAAAGACUAAAUAUUAUCAUUCGCUUUGUAGCACUGGAGUCUUGAAAAAAAUGAUGUACACCACAUGCCCAGGGGAGAAAAAAGGCACAGUAAAAAAUGCCUUUGGUUAAUGUGUGCUCUUGCAGGGAAGCUGAAAGAACAUCAUUUUGGAGUGCAAAAUUGUUCUGAGAACAGGUAUUACUGUUGAACCGACCACGCUGUUCAGCACUUGAGAAAGCAGCUGUAUGCUGCAAGUGAAAGGAAGAAAGAAAAGACAGUUUGUGCCUGAUACUCUGGGGAAGUGCUCAAGAUCAAUUUAUCCUUGUGACUUAAAAGGCUGUAUCUGCUAGAAACAUUGCUUUUUGAAAAAAAAUAUAUCUAUGCAUACAUGUUCGUGGGUGUACACACAAGUCUCUUAUAGUAGCAACUCCUUGUGCCUGGAUACUACUUAUUUGGUUCUGCCUAUGAAAACUUCGAAAGGCUACUAGAGUGUUGAUGACAUUCAGGUUUUUCCACUCAGCACAAUUUAAUUUCUUUACAGGGCUGAUUCUCCACCUGUUUGCUUCCAUUUUGGCUCUGCUGCUGCUCCUCCCUAGCUCCUGCCAUUUUGGGGACAAACAUACAGAGGAUCAGCUUUCAGCAGUAUAUUCUCUUUCUUCAGUCCUUGAUUGAGCGAGAGGUUUGGCCAGUGAAGCAGUGACUUUUAGAUAGAUAAGCAUAAUUUUAUUUUAAAGCUAAAUUUCUCAUUAAACUUGAACAGGUAACAUAAAAGCAGAGUAACUAGACCAGAAUGAUGAUCCCUGUGGGCCAGUCUAUUCCUUCUCCCUCAGCCAAACCCUUGGGAAAAGCCCAAGACAGCAAAGUGCGUAAUGGUAUGUCAUCCAAUUACCUUUCCUGGCUCCAAGAGUUUUAUUUCUGGGCACUUACUAUAUCAUAUUAAUGUUAUCAAUAUACUGCAAUUUAGUGAUUCUUUUACAUCUUUUCAUCUGAUUUUUGAAAACUCAGCUUUCACAGUGGUCUGUGGGAGGGAGGUUCAUGUUUCACAGCUGUGAGGAAAUGCCUCCUUUUGCGUGCUUAGAAUUUCACCUGUAGUCUGUAUUGAGAAUCAUAAAUCUGUAAAUGAAAUGCAGUGAACACUGAUUCAUGUCUGCAGCUACUGUGAAAAACAGUUCAUUAAUCAGCACUUAAAGGGUGAUAAUAUGGACUGUGUGAUAAAUUUCAUUGCUCAGUCAUAACCACUUUUUUUCCCAAAAUUUUCUACAGAGUGCAUGGGAGGAGAAGCGAGGUCUGCACUGUACCCAUUACAUAUUUAUUAUGUCAUUCAUAUUGCACUAAUUUAGCCUUCCCAGUCUCUUACAGUCUCAUUUGCUUUUGCUGAGAAAAGCAUUUAUUUAAUUGAAGGCUGAGUCUAAAUAAAGCAUGCUGCUGAUUGCCUGUGAUGAUUAUUCCAGGCAUUCUCUUCCUAAUUUGGAAAAUCUGCUUGCUUUUCUUUGGUUUAUUUUUAUAUUUGUAAUUUUCUUCCAAUAUUUUUACACUGCCCAUAGUGCUGGGUUGAGCAGUUUGAUUUCCAUCUGAGGCUAGGCCAGCCGCGUUUGGACACAGCAAACCUGCCUCUAAAUGAGUUCUCUGUGUUAGGAACCAGAGAUGGAAAACAGCUUCUUCUGAAUUCAGGGUUUUUUGGAAGCCAACCAUGGAAGUGAGUGUAAUUAUAGAAAUUGGAGUCAGACACCCCUGGAAUUUAAACUAGUUCAUCUGAAUUCCAACCUAGUAUCAUCCCAUUGUAUGAGGAAAAGUGUUUCCUAGGUGUGUGUUUCUUUAUAAAGAGAGAUUAUUUUUACUAUUUCAAGAUAGAUGUGGGUGCUUUAUUUUCCAUCCUGUUCUAACAUAUUUGGAUUGCUGUAGUCAUUGCAACUACAUUUCCUUUGAGAUUUGGGCUCAGUCUGUAUUUCUUGAAUUAAACUAGCAAACAUGAGAUGUUUCAAGAAGUUAGGAAAACGAUAUUUGUAUUUCACAAAAUCUUACUGCUGCAUUGUUAUGGAAAAUAUUUGUGGUUUAAUGAAGAAAAACCAUGACUCGGAUAGCAUUUUGGGUUUAAAACAGAGACAUUUCAUAAUAACUACUCCUUAAACCGAAAGGCAGGUCAGUGCUGUUAGUCCCCAUAGAGAAGGCAGGCCAUAGUCCCCUUUCUUUCCUGCCCCCAGUGGAGCUGAAAACAUGCCAGUCUUCCGCAUCCUUGCAUUUUUUCUGUGCUACAGAAUAUAACAGCAGUGAAGUACCAGGUAUGGGAGAAGAAUCUGGGAAUUAAGGGACUGCAACUGCACAGCACGCUAAGACUGGGAUGUAAUCACUCUCAGGAAUUAUCUGUGAGACACACCUAAAUGCCUUUGUUUUCUUGCAGUGCAAUUAUGUCAAAAUCAUCUUGACCCUUUUCCCUGGUGCCGCAUAGCUGUUGUUUAGAAGGGUUUCUCUGAGUGCUAAACUAUAAUUUGUGCAAAGAAGAUGCUGCACUCUUAGAAUUCGGUAAAAUAACUGUAGCUUCUCCUGCUAACAAGCUGCAUUCUGGAUGGUAUUCUGUAUGUAGCUUCAUGUGCUGAACUAUUUUUUCAUUUGAUUCUUGACAGAAUCAGCAGCAUGCUAACAACAUGGGGGUAGCUAAAGUUUUCUGUCAAUUUUUUUUCAGUAUCACCAGGCCUGAAAGAAGUGUGAAUAUUUCAUACCAGACUCAGGUUCUUUCAGAACGUUGUUCUGCUUUGGGUUGUUUGGGAACUCAAAAGUGCUCCUAAAUAAAUGGUCAUCAUUACAAAGAAUAAUCUCUUCUAAAUCAGAGCUACUGCAGUCUGUGAUGGUUGUAUACAUGCAGUUGCUCCUGCAGCUGGUUGGCCCGGUCACCCCUUUCUGUACCCAUCUUUCCCGUUAAGCACCCAAGGGCAAAUCUCAGCUACUUCUUUAGAUCUCUUUCACUGUUAGGCCCAUUGCACCAUCUCUGUAAGAAAAGCCCUUUUUAAUACACUCUGCUGGUUCACAGUAUACUUCACAACACUUGAAGAAAGAUCCCAGGGAAAAUUGAAAAUGCUGGUAAAAAUUGUCCAACUUACCCGAGCUGUUAAACUGAGAAAGAUGCAAAUCGACAAGAGCUUGCUGAAGCUCUUGCAACGAUUACUAAUAUUUGGUGAGCUGUCUUUAGAAAGCAGAUGCUGGAAAUAAGUGGGGGGAGGGAAGAAGUCUCCAGCAGUGGUUUUGAAUUUCCUGUUGAGAAAUGUCUGCUAUAGAAACAAUGGGCAAAGUGUGCAGAUCAUGGUUUUGACUCCAGAAAAGAUAUGCAAAUGAAAAUAUGAAUUAUGUUUGAAUGUUUUGAAAGAGGACAUUGUGCAAGAUUCUGCUUGUGAAUGAUCAUCAAAAUAGCAUCAAAGUUAGCAAGCUAAAUUACAUGAGCUAUUAAUUACCCUCCUCAGCAUGUACCUUGCCAAAGCCACCAUGUAGCCUUACAUUCUGAAGUGACAUAGUGCAGUGUGCAUUAGCAUAAAAUCAAAAUAUUUAUUCACUUGUUUCAUGGUCAAGAUAAUGAAGAGUCUUUAGGCUUAUCAACUUACGUAAUUAAGUAUUGCAUCUCUUCAGAUGACUCUUGAACUACCCGUGUUAUUAAUUAUUUAAGCUGAAUAGGCUGCUUUGGGCUUACAGAAUUUGUACCACAACAGGUAUUUCAUUCUUCAGUAGGAAUGCUUUAUUCUACAGGGGAAAGCAGGUAUGAUCAGAUCUUUGCAAACAGUAAAUCUUAUUGUCUUUCAGAUUCAGCUUUGUCAGAUCAGAACUAAAAAAGGACUUUCUGCUUGAUCAGAAAAUGAUGGUAAAUUGCACGCUGGCAGGAGGACAUCUUAGGUUGACAAAAUCAGAAUCUUUUAUUACUGCCACACUGAUUUUUUUCAGAUUGAUUGAUUCUGAAAGCCUGAUGUUUGAUGGGCAGGCAUGAAGCUCUUUGAUUUUAGGUGUUUUCAUGAUCCGACUACAGACCUGGUAUCAGACACUGGAUAGUGCCCACCCAGAGGCUCUGGCUUCCAGUCCUGUUCUGAUCAAAAAUCAGUUUGGCAGUUCAGACCUUUUUUCCCAGGCAGACAAUCAGUAACCAUUGCAUUGUUUUGCAGUCUGACAUCAAAUGGUUAUGAUCACAGAGGCGAUGUGUGUGGUUUUAUUUUUUUUAAUAGUAACUAUCUGCAUGGGUAUUUUUUACUUUAUUCUGAUUUUAAUCCCUUUUUUUUUUCUUUUAGUGAAUAAUCCAUUAGGUUUAAAUAGUGUCUUACAGUAAUGGAUCCUGCUUUUUUUUGGUUAAUGGAUACUGUGAAACCUCCAGUCGCAUUUAAAUUCAAAUCACUAUGUAUGUCAUAAAAAAUGAAAUAAUGAAUGCUUGUGAAGGUGCCAUCCUUUGGGCAUUUAUUUACACAGUAAUGUUUUAGCAUUUCAUACAGCUUUUAUAUCAAGGCUUUUCCCAACUGCUAUUUCAGAAGCCAGGGAUUAAAAACAAACCACUGCUCUACCUUCUCUUUUUUGAAGUAGGAAGGGACUCUUAGUUUUUCUAUGCAGCUGGAUGCAUUUAACUGACCUCAGGAUCCCUUAAAGCAGGCUAUAAAAACGAGAGCCGUUAUUUUCUCACAGAGUUUAGAAAAAUAAAGGGGGGGGCUGCUAACAACUUGGCAGUAUUGCUUCAGAAAAAGAUCUGAAAUGAAUAAAUUAAAUUUGAGUGCAUACAUCUCUGAGAUUCUUUUUAUGUUUAAGAUCAAAAGCAAGAGCAAAGUAAAUUGCGUGCUUGUCAUCUCAGUAUUAUUGCAUUGACUGGUUCACAUUUCUUUCUUAUGCGAACAAACAAAAGCGAGUGGAAUGCAGUUGAGUGAACAAAAAAAUGCUAUUGACAAAAAACAACAUCAGACUUCUAUUAAUACACAGCAGUGACCUCUUUGCUGCUUUGUUCAAGGUGUAACACAACAAGAACAAGAAUUGAUACUAACACUGGAAAUAAAAAGUACCUGAAAAUUGAACCCUUGGCAGAAUUUUCACUGGGAGGUAUCUGAAGCAGAUACUAAAUUGUAGCCGAGGCCAACACUGAGCAGCGACAGCCGCGAGGGCAUUUUGGCCCUGCACACACUGCACAGGCCGUUGGGAUCUGAGUGGCAUACAGAUGCUAAAGGGGGAGUUGGAACAGUGUCCAUAAACACCAGUUUGUUCAGACUGAAUCUGCCUCCCAUAGCCUACAGGAGUCAAAAGAGGUUUUAAAUCUUUUCUGGUGUCAGGUGUUAUAUUUGCAUUGUUUACAAACCAGUCUGUUCCAUACUGAAGUACCUUCCUGAGUGUAGGCAGUGAGUAGACCUUACAUGUAAACAUAUACCAGUUCUGGUAGAGUUGGAGUUUUUGCUCAAGAAAAAGAAAAGCUGUGUGAUCCAUGGCCCAAACUUUGUAUCUGGUCUGAAUUCCCAGAUGAGGGGAGAUUUUUGGUUUUCUUACAAGCAUAACUAAAGUCGCUUUGUUACUUUUUUAUCCUCUGUCCUUCUAAUUACACUGAAACUUUAUGUCGGGGGUUGAUUUACAUGUAUGAUGACACAAAGCCUUUUGAUUCUGUUCCUCUUUUAAUUCCAAAGGUUAAAUUCUCUGGACAGUGGGAAGAUGCUACUUUAGGAAUACAGAUGCUUCCAGUAAAAAAAACCCAGCACGUAUUUCCCUUACAGAACAUUUGUUUUCCUCACUAAAAGUGUGCCAUGUAUGUUUACACCUCACUAUGGUUUUAUGGUUGUUACUUUUUUGUAACUUUUCAUACACUAAAGUAAUU